GAGGUUAUGCAGUGGUACAUGAGGAAGCUCAAGACACACAAUGAAAAUUCAACAUCUGAAUGACUCAAAAGUGAACUUGCCAAAGUAGAAAGAGGAGAAGAGAACCACCAUGGGGAAAAAGCUCAUUUUGCUUCUGACUGUCGGGGUCCUCGCAUCCUACUAUGUUUACACUCCUCUCCCUGAUAAUAUCGAGGAACCAUGGAAACUGACAUGGAUGGUCACAGUCUCAAAAACAGUCACGUAUUUGAAUCGAUUUUCUGAGUUCUUAGGAACCAACCGUUUCGUGAACAUCGCAGCACUGUUCUUAAAAGUUCAAGAAGUCCCACCCACAUCUGAUGAAAAUGUCACCGUGACAGACACAACAUUCAACAACAUUCCUGUCCGUGUGUAUGUGCCCAAACGCAGGUCUGGGGCGCUGAAGAGGGGCUUGUUUUUUAUUCAUGGUGGUGGUUGGUUCUCAGGUAGUGUUGCUAUGUCUUCUCAUGACUUCCUCUCAAGAGAGACAGCUGAGAGACUUGAUGCUGUAGUUGUUUCAACCAGCUACAGAAAAGCACCCAAGCAUCAUUUUCCCAUUCAAUUUGAGGAUGUCUAUAACUCAUUGAAGUGGUUCUUACGCCAAGACAUUCUUGAAAACUACGGAGUAGAUCCAGAGAGAAUUGGUGUGUCUGGAAGCAGUUCUGGUGGAAAUUUAGCUGCAGCAGUGACUCAGCAGCUCAGUGAGGAUCCAAGUGUCAAGAUCAAACUCAAGACCCAGGCUUUAAUCUAUCCUGCCCUCCAACCUCUUGAUAUGGACCUACCAUCAUACCGAGAAAACGCGCAUUUUCCAACUCUGCACAAAUCAGACGUAGUCAAGAGCUGGAGUAACUAUUUCACCACAGACAAAUCACUUGAAAAGGCCAUGUUACUCGGUCAGCAUGUCCCAGCUGAAUCAAGCCACCUGUUCAAAUUUGUUAAUUGGAGUUCCUUGCUCCCUGAGAAAUUCAAGAAAGGCCACAUUUACAACAGACCAAUCCAUGGUAGUUCUGAUCUAGCAAAAAAAUACCCAGGGUUGUUGGAUGUGAGAGCAGCGCCCCUUCUGGCUGAUGACACUCAGUUGCGUGGCUUGCCCAGGACCUAUGUUGUGACCUGUCAGUAUGAUAUUCUGAGAGAUGAUGGAAUCAUGUAUGUCACCCGACUCCAGAACGCUGGUGUUCAGGUGACUCAUAACCAUGUAGAUGAUGGAUUCCAUGGAGCAUUCUUACUUCUGGAUUUUAAAAUUAGUUACCGAAUAAUAAAUCAUUAUAUUGAUUGGUUAAGAGAAAAUCUGUAGUAACAAUCUAAGGAAUGGCUUAUUAAAAUAUUUAAAUGAUGGA